UUUUACCUGCAGAUACAGAUUGAUAGAGCUUUAUCCUUUGAAAUUCGAAUCUCAAACUAGUUUCUUCUUCAAUAUUUGUUUCAAAAAAAAAAAAAAACAAAAGUCGAAAGAAAAAAAGAAAAAAAAGAAAGAGAAAAGGUGGAUUGAAAAUGAGUGCCCUGCAAGGUGUAUUUUCAAUUGUAGGGGCAAUUGCAGGGAGAAUAGUUGAGCCAGUGAUCCAAUUAGUGGUGCUCCACGUUGGUUUUGUUUUUCAGUACAAGAAGAAGCAGAAGAAAUUGGAAGUUGAAAUUAAAAACCUUGAAGAGCAGAGAAAACAAAUCGAAGAAAAAGUUGAUGAAGCCAUUACUCGUGGUGAUGAAGUUGAUGAACCUGUUUCAAACUGGCUAGCAGAGGUGGAAGAAAGAGUUCAGAAAAUUAAGGAUGACAAUACUAUUAACGCAAACAUGCAGUGCUUUAAAUUCUCAUGUCCGGAUUACAUCUCGCGCUACCAAAUGAGCAAGGAAGCCGAAAACAAGAUGAAAGAAGUAAAAAAUCUCACUCAGAGUGGCAAUUUUAGCAUAGUUGCACAUCCUAAGCCAUUUGCUCAAGAACUUCAAUUCCCAUCAUCAAGUGCAAACUAUGCAAAUUUUGAAUCGCGAGAAUUGGUUUUCAAUAACAUCAUGGUGGCAUUACAAGAUUCCAAUGUUAAAAUGAUUGGAGUAUAUGGAACAGGAGGCGUUGGUAAGACGACAAUGGUCGAAGAGAUUGGCAAACAAGUGAAAAAUGGACUUUUUGAUGAAGUUGUGGUGGCAGUUGUCUCUCAGGACGCAAAUGUGAGCAAUAUUCAAGGGCAACUCGCUGAUCGCUUGAAUCUGGAACUAAAAGGGGAAACUGAAGUGGGAAAAGCAAACCAAUUGUGGAAUAGAUUGAACAAUGGGAAGAAAAAUCUCAUUAUAUUGGAUGAUAUGUGGCAAGAAUUGAACUUGAAGACAAUAGGGAUUCCUAUCACUAACGGAAACAAUUGUUGCAAAGUUGUGAUAACGUCUCGAAUCCGAGGUGUGUUGGAAAAGAUGCAUGUUGAUAGAUAUAUUCCAAUGCAAGUAUUAUUAGAGAAAGAAGCAUGGGCCCUAUUCAAGAUGAAGGCGGGAAAUUCUGUUGACUCUCCUGAACUCCAUGAUAUAGCUGAUGCAGUCUGUAAAGAGUGUGGAGGCUUGCCGGUCGCUAUACUUGCAGUUGGAGCCGCAUUGAAAGAUAAGAAAAAAUAUGUCUGGGAAGAUGUACUUGAUCAAUUCAAAGAUUCCAUGCUAAAGAAUAUUGCGGGAAUUGACCCAAAGGUGUAUGCUUCCUUAAAGUUAAGCUAUGAUCGGUUAGAAUCUAGUGAUGCAAAAUCAUGCUUCUUGCUAUGUUGUUUCUUUCCUGAAGAUACUAAUAUUUCAAUUGAGGUGUUGGCGAGACAUUGCAUAGCGAGAAGUUUGCUUGGACAAAACACAAAUACAUUAAGAAGAGCAAGCCGUCGAGUACUUACAGUGGUUGAUAUCCUCAAAGAUGCUUGUUUGUUAUUAGAAGGCAAAUAUGAAAACUUUGUCAAAAUGCAUGAUGUCAUUCGAGAUGUUGCCGUUUCAAUUGCAAAAGAUGAUGGUAAGGAAAUUCUAGUAAAACUUGGUGUCAAAGAGUGGCCCGAGAAAGAUACAUGCGAAUCUUACUCAGCAAUCUCAUUAAGGUUCGACAACACUCUUGAGCUUCCGGAUUAUUUGCUAUGUCCACAACUCCACACCUUGAGUAUACUAUCGAAAAGGAAUAUCAGCAAGUAUCUUUUGCUUAAUGUUCCUGAUAGGUUUUUCAGUGGAAUGGAGAAACUUACAAUUUUAGAAUUGAAUAGAAUCUGUAUGUUGCCUCCAUUAUCUCUUGCAAAUUUGGUUAACCUUCGGAUGUUAUGGUUACAUGAUUGUGAGUUGGGAGACAUAGCUAUACUCAAGGAUCUAAAUAAUGACCUUGAAAUACUUAGCCUUCGAGGUUCUAAUAUCGAGGUUUUGCCAUCAGAGAUAGGACAAUUGACUCAUCUUCGGUUGUUAGAUCUGGAAAAAUGUUACCAGCUCACAGUGAUUCCACAAGGUGUCAUAUCCAAUUUGUCUCGCCUGGAAGAAUUGUACAUUUUAGAUAAUUUGACACCAUGGGAGGCCACAAGAGGCAACGAGGAAAGAAGCAAAGUGAAUCUUGAUGAGUUGGGGAAAUUGACGCAAUUAACCACUUUACAGAUUCACAUACCAAAUGUCAUGCUAUUGCCCAAGGACUCCUGCUUUGAAAACUUGAUCAAGUUUAAAAUAUCAAUGGGUAAGGAGUACGAUUUUUCUAGAACUUAUUCAAAGUCGUGUAAACUUGCGGGUGUUACCUUAAUGGACAAGUUAAUCAUUUUGUUGAUGAGAGCCGAAGAACUACAUUUGGAAAAAAUUGAAGGUUUACAAGAGGUGCUGCAUAACAGAGGUGAAGAGGGGUAUUUGAUGGAACGUCAUGGAUUAAACCCAUCAGGGUUCUUCAAUAAUUUAAUUGAAUUAACAAUCGCAGAUUGUAGGUUGAAAUAUCUCUUCUCCCUGCCCUGUGCAAGAGGAUUUCCACGACUUCAGACACUACAAAUAAUUGGUUGUAAGAUGAUGGAAGCAAUAGUUGGAAUUGAAGAAGAAAAAGAUGAAGAUGAACUCUCAAGUCAGGUAAUUAAUUUCAGUCAGUUGAAAUAUUUGCGUCUCAAGAAUCUACCCAAGCUCAUAAGCUUCUACCCCAAAGUGGAGAAGAUGACAGCAUCUGAAGGAAAUUCUUCUAGCCAGGCACAAUCUUUGUUUAAUGAAAAGGUUACAUUCCCUGCCUUGGAGACAUUGUAUAUUAUUGGACUAACAAAGAUAACAGAGAUAUGGGAUAGGAAAUUACUUCUAUUAGAGUUCUUUCGACAAUUGAGAGACGUGGACAUCUUGCGCUGUGAGAAACUAGUGAAUGUCGGUUCGUUUAAUAUGCCGCGACAAUUACCAAAACUAGAAAAACUUAAUGUCAGUUUUUGUCGAGAGCUGAAAGUAAUAGUAUUGAAGAAUGGGGGGGCAGAAGAAGAAAAAGCUAAAAACAACAAUAAUACCAUCUCAUUCCCUCAACUAACGAGUUUGAGACUUGAAGAUUUGCAGAGCCUCAAAAGCUUUUUCACCUCUAGAUCUGAAGCACAAUCCCUCUUCAGCCAGGUUACAUUUCCUGCCUUGAAGGCAUUGUAUAUUGCUGGACUAACAAAGAUAACAGAGAUAUGGGAUACGAAAUUACUUCCAUCAGAGUCCUUUCGACAAUUGAGACACGUGGACAUCUUGCGCUGUGAGAAACUGGUGAAUGUUGGUUCGUCCUAUAUGCCCCGACAAUUGCCGAAACUACAACAACUUUAUGUUUGCUUUUGUCAAGAGCUGAAAGUGAUAGUAUUGAACGAUUGGGGGGAAGAAGAAGAAAAAGAAGAAAACAACAAUAAUACCAUCUCGUUCCCUCAACUAACGAGUUUGAAACUUGACGAGUUACAGAGCCUUGAAAGCUUUUUCACCUCAAGAUUCGAAACACAAUCCCUCUUCACUAGCCAGGUUACAUUCCCUGCCUUGAAGAAAUUGUAUAUUAUUGGACUUACAAAGAUAACAGAGAUAUGGGAUAGGAAAUUAAUUCCAUCAGAGUCCUUUCGACAAUUGAAAGACGUGGACAUCUUGCACUGUGAGAAACUGGUGAAUGUUGGUUCGUCCAAUAUUCCUCGACAAUUACCGAAACUAAAACAACUUAAUGUUAGUUUUUGUCGAGAGCUGAAAGUAAUAGCAUUGAAGAAUAGGGGGGAACAAGAAGAAAAAGCUGAAAACAACAAUAAUACCAUCUCGUUCCCUCAACUAACACGUUUGAAACUUAAAGAUUUGCAGAGCCUCGAAAGCUUUUUGACCUCCAGAUCCGAAACACAAUCCCUUUUCACUGGCCAGGUUACAUUCCCUGCCUUGAAGACAUUGUAUAUUGAUGGACUAACAAAGAUAAUAGAGAUAUGGGAUACGAAAUUACUUCCAUCAGAGUCCUUCCGACAAUUGAGAGGUGUGGACAUCUUACGUUGUGAGAAAUUGGUGAAUGUCGGUUCGUUCUAUAUGUCCCGACAAUUACCAAAACUACAACAACUUAAUGUUAGGUGUUGUCGAGAGCUGAAAGUAAUAGUAUUGAAGAUUGGGAUGGAAGAAGAAGGAAAAGCAGAAAACAACAAUAAUACCAUCUCGUUCCCUAAACUAAGGAGUUUGAGACUUAAAGAUUUGCAGAGCCUCGAAAGCUUUUUCACCUCUAAAUCCGAAACACAAUCCCUCUUCACUAGCCAGGUUACAUUCCCUGCCUUGCAGAAAUUGUAUAUUAUUGGACUUACAAAGAUAACAGAGAUAUGGGAUAGGAAAUUAGUUCCAUCAGAGUCCUUUCGACAAUUGAGAGACGUGGACAUCUUGUGCUGUGAGAAAUUGGUGAAUGUCGGUUCAUCCAAUAUGCCUCAAAAAUUACCGAAACUAGAAAAACUUAAUGUUUGGUUUUGUCGAAAGCUGAAAGCAAUAGUAUUGAAGAAUGAGAGGGAAGAAGAAGAAAAUGCAGAAAACGACAAUAAUACCAUCUCGUUCCCUCAACUAACGAGUUUGACCCUUGAAGAUUUGCAAAGCCUCAAAAGCUUUUUCACAUCUAGAUUUGAAACUCAAUCCCUCUUCACUAGCCAGGUUACAUUCCCUGCCUUGAAGAAAUUGUAUAUUGAUGGACUAUCAAAGAUAAUUGAGAUAUGGGAUAGAAAAUUACUUCCAUCAGAGUCCUUCCGACAAUUAAGAGACGUGGACAUCUUGCGCUGUGAUAAACUGGUGAAUGUCGGUUCGUCCUAUAUGCCUCAACAAGUACCGAAACUACAACAACUUAAUGUUAGGUGUUGUCAAGAGCUGAAAGUAAUAAUAUUGAAGAAUAUGGGGGAAGAAGAAGAAAAAGAAGAAAACAACAAUAAUACCAUCUCGUUCCCUCAACUAACGAGUUUGAAACUUGAAGAUUUGCAGAGCCUCGAAAGCUUUUUCACCUCUAGAUCCGAAACACAAUCCCUCUUCACUAGCCAGGUUACAUUCCCUGCCUUGGAGACAUUGUAUAUUACUGGACUAACAAAGAUAACAGAGAUAUGGCAUAGGAAUUUAGUUCCAUCAGAGUCCUUUCGACAAUUGAGAGACCUGGUCAUCUUGCGCUGUGAGAAACUAGUGAAUGUUGGUUAGUCCAAUAUGCCUAACGAUUACCGAAGCUAGAAUAACUUAAUGUUAGGUGUUGUCGAGAGCUGAAAGUAAUAGUAUUGAAGAUUGGGGGGGAAGAAGAAGGAAAAGCAGAAAACAACAAUUAUACCAUCUCGUUCCCUCAACUAACGAGUUUGAGACUUGAAGAUUUGCGGAGCCUCGAAAACUUCUAGAUCCGAAACACAAUCCCUCUUCAUUAGCCAGGUAUGAAUGUUCUCAUCAUUUUUUUUGUUGCAGAUGACCUCUAAAACCAGAAACACGUGUGUAUAUAUACAUAUAUGUCUAUGUAUGUUUGUUUGUAUGUAUUUUUUCUUAGAUUA